CUCGGCCAGGCCUUCUCCCUCCAGCCCUCCCGCAGGGCCGAGGUCCCGGCGGGCGGGAAGCCUGUGGGACGCCGCCGCCUCCCGGAGACAGAGUGAACGCCGGCGGCCCUGCAACGCCUCGGAAAGCGACCGAGAACCGGCGAGAAGAUCCCCCGCCUCGACCCGACCCAGGCCCGGCCCCUCCUCCGGCAGGUGCGGCCCUGCCGCGCCGGGCCGCCGCUGCGCACUGGGCGGGGCGGGGAAAGCUCCUCCUGCUCGGGCAGCCGGAGCCGCACAGCCGGGACCGGCGGGUUGACGACGCGGGAGCUUUUUCUCGGCGGCUUGUCCCCCGCUGCCGUGGGAGUGGGGUGGAAAGGCGGCUACCACCUGCCCCGAGUAGAAAACCCAGGCAAACAAACAGGAAGAGAGCAGAAUUCCUUUCUGGCAGGGUCUUAGUGCAUCAGGACUGUGGAGUGCACUGAGAAUGGGCCAUAUCCCUGCUGCGCUGGGCUUCUCAUCUUCGUCUUUAGAAGAUCUGCGGAAGCCAAAGGCAAUGAUUUUAACCAACUCCGGCCUCAGAGGAGGGUGAAAAUUUUCUCCAGCUACUGCAUUCAAUAUUGUUAGAAGUCUUUUGAAUCUCCCCAAGCUGGAAUGUAUGCUGCUUUCUCUACGGGACUAUAAGCUUUGAUAUUCAGAAGAGCAAAACUGAAAGAUGCCAUCUGAGAGGUGCCUGAGUGUUCAGGAAAUGCUGACAGGUCAGAGGCUUUGUCAGUCCAGCUCCCAUAACGAUGCUGUCCUGGCAGCCCUGAACCAACAAAGAAGUGAUGGCGUACUUUGCGAUAUCACCCUUAUUGCUGAAGAGCAGAAAUUCCAUGCACAUAAAGCAGUCUUGGCAGCAUGCAGUGACUACUUCCGAGCAAUGUUCAGUCUCUGCAUGGUUGAAAGCGAAGCUCAUGAGGUGAAUUUGCAUGGCGUCACAAGCCUCGGUUUAAAACAAGCCCUGGACUUUGCGUAUACUGGACAGAUCCUCUUGGAACCAGGGGUGAUACAGGAUGUCCUAGCAGCUGGGAGUCAUUUGCAGCUGCUGGAGCUUCUCCGUUUAUGUUCUCACUAUCUCAUUCAGGAAUUAAAUAGUUUUAAUUACUUGGACCUGUAUAAGCUUGCGGACCUCUUCAACCUCACUUUGUUGGAGAAUGCAGUGGUUGACUUCUUAGUAAAACAUCUCUCUGAGCUAUUGAAGAGUCAUCCUGAAGAAGUUCUGGCACUCCCAUACUGUCUCCUUCGAGAGGUUUUUAAAAGUGAUAGACUCACUUCACUCAGUGAAGAACAAAUCUGGCAGCUGGCUGUGAGGUGGUUGGAACACAACUGCCGCUACCAGUACAUGGAUGAACUUCUCCAGUAUGUCCGCUUUGGCCUUAUGGAUGUGGAUACACUGCAUACCGUAGCUCUUUCUCAUCCUCUUGUCCAAGCUAGUGAAACUGCGACAGCACUUAUUAAUGAGGCCUUGGCUUACCACCAGAGCGUCUAUGCACAGCCAGUUUGGCAAACCAGAAGGACAAAACCUCGCUUCCAGUCAGACACUCUUUACAUUAUUGGUGGGAAAAAACGUGAAAUCUGUAAAGUGAAGGAAUUGCGAUACUUCAAUCCGGUAGAUCAAGAGAACGUUCAUAUCGCAGGGAUUGCAAACUGGAGCGAGCUAGCACCUAUGCCUGUAGGGAGAAGCCACCACUGUGUUGCUGUUAUGGGAGACUUUCUUUUUGUAGCUGGUGGAGAGGCAGAGCACUCCACAGGCCGCACUUGUGCGGUGAGAACUGCCUGUCGAUACGACCCCCGCACUAACUCUUGGGCUGAGAUAGCUCCAAUGAAGAACUGUCGGGAGCACUUUGUGCUGGGAGCAGUGGAUGAGUACCUCUAUGCAGUAGGGGGCAGGAAUGAAUUGCGUCAAGUGUUACCUACAGUGGAACGCUAUUGCCCCAAGAAGAACAAGUGGACCUUUGUACAGUCCUUUGAUCGAUCGCUCUCGUGCCAUGCGGGAUAUGUGGUGGAUGGUCUUCUUUGGAUAUCAGGAGGAGUAACAAACACUGCACAGUAUCAAAACAGGCUCAUGGUCUAUGAUCCUAAGCAGAAUAAGUGGUUAAGCCGUAGCCCGAUGUUGCAGAGGAGAGUGUAUCACUCCAUGGCUGCUGUCCAAAGGAAACUUUACGUGUUAGGUGGGAAUGAUCUGGACUACAACAACGAUCGGAUCCUGGUUCGGCACAUAGACUCCUACAGCAUAGAUGCUGACCAGUGGACACGUUGCAACUUCAACAUGUUGACAGGUCAAAAUGAGUCUGGAGUCGCCGUCCACAAUGGUAGAAUAUAUUUAGUUGGCGGCUAUUCGAUUUGGACAAAUGAGCCUUUGGCGUGUAUCCAGGUGCUGGAUGUUAGCAAGGAAGGGAAGGAGGAAGUAUUCUACGGGCCUACGCUCCCCUUUGCUUCCAACGGAAUAGCAGCAUGCUUUCUUCCUGCUCCUUAUUUCACGUGCCCCAACCUUCAGACUCUGCAAGUGCCUCACCACAGGAUCGGCACAAUGUGAGACAAGGAAUGUCCGCUUCAAAAAAUCAGAAGCAGGGUGUGGGGGGGGAAUCAAACCCUGCGUAUAGGAGGGUUUCUCGGGAUCAGGGAAAAGAUCAAUCCACGUGAGCUGCUGCUUUACCUUCACACAUUUGUCUUAAAGUCGGAUCACAACCUAUGUGCGGGAAGGAAGCUACAAAAACCGUCUGCAGUUUCUCCCGUCUGCCUCAGCUGUAGAAGCAUAUACGUGAGAGCAUUUGGCAUUUCUGCUGGGGACUCCGUGCUGCCUGUCUCUACUUCAUGUCCUUAUGCAACUUCGUAAGGCGUCGUGAAUGCUCUCAGCUCCUCCUGGGCUGCUCUUCUUUGGAGUCUGCACGUUCAGUUGCUCACCAAUGGCACUUGCAAAGCUGAUAGAAAACCGUGUUUAUGUUGACAAAGAUGAUAUAAUACUAUGGUAAUUAUGCAACUUACCCAAUACCUUUGGCAAAAAAGAAUAACAAAUGUGUUGACUUCCAAUUCCAAACUCCAUCGUUUACAGGUUCUCAUUUAAUAAUACUUCAUUUGAAAUUUAAAUACUGCAAAGCAGAUUAAAACAAAAAUAAAAAACAAACAAGCCCUACAGUAUUUGAGGAACAGACAAAAAUUGUCUCAGCUGAAAGACAGAGACACCGAAGCCUCGUGGCUAAACCCAAGUCUGAACUGAAUGUGUUUGUCUGAGAACCUAAAGAUCAUUUGGGAUGUCAUUUACCAAGGUCUAUUAUCAAAUAAAUGUUACCUUCUGUCAUAUGAUCAGUUCCUCCUGACAGCUGCAGUCUUUUAAUGGUGGAGAACAGCCUCUUUACUGUAUAAUUAAAAUGUGCCAUUUACUUAAUAUUUUUAAUAUCCAGUUUGCAAGGGGUCACCACAUUUACAAUUAUCAACGAACAGUCUCAUUUUGUCCAACAUAUGGUCCCACAAAUCACUGGUCUCCAGAGGCUAAACAGGUGUAGAACAAUGUCAAUAUUUAUUUAUUUAUUCUUUCAGUUUAUAUAGUGUGUCUCCAUUCCAUACUCCAGGCAUAUGCCAGUUCACAAUAAAUACUCUGUUAGAUUUUGGCUUUGCUUGGC